AUGCUGGACAUCUGUCCCUACGGAUAUUUUCUGCCAGCAAACAUAAACAAAGGGAUUUUCCGAAAUCCACCAUAUUCCACGGGGUUUACAGUGCCUCCUCCUACCGAAGAGGAACUAAGGAAUACAACAACGGAGGUUUUGACAACUACCACUUCGACAGAAGCAGCAACAACGGUAACAACUUCGGUUACGGAAACUUCUGUUCAAUCAACAGUAGAAGAUUCGUCAGGGACAAAAGCACCUUCUACUCCAGGACUGGCCUCCAAGAACGCGAUCAACGUUUUCGCGUUCGUUGUGGGUUCGUCUUUCAGCGCAGUUGGGAUGCUGUUAUAACGGAUAUGAAAAAACGUUGAUCUAUGCGUGUUAUAAUUCUCCGAUUUCUAUGAUUUGAUUUAAAUUCUUGUCCAUCUUGAUGGCACACCAUCUUAUGUGAGCAAUUUGCUGUAAGCUUGACUUCCUUAAGGCAGGAGUUAUUUUUCGCCAUUAGCUUUACAUUCGAGUUUUUGUAUGCAGUCGCACAAUGCUCCGUAGAUUGAA